UAUUUUUAGUAAAUAGGACUUACAAUUGGCGGUUCUUCCACGUACCAGCUUUAACUACUUCUCGACAUUAAAAGAAGUAGCUACAUCUCGUCCAUAAACGUUUUUUAAUCCACUUUUUGUCUUUGGGAAGUUGUUUUCAGCAGUUCAUGCACCUGAGCGACAAGGUGGAGGUAGCGCAACAGGUAGCCGUAAUAAGUGAAACUUCCGGUCACCGGGGCAAAAAGUAAAAUGCUGAAGAGAAAAAUUAUCAUCGUGGAAUUGCGUUGUCUUGAUAAAAAAUGUCUGGGAAUCUGAUUUUGAUAUUGUGUUAAACUAAAUCAACUAAAAUGAUACCUUCAAAUUGAGCUUUAAGUAGAAGUAUUACACGGUGUACUUUUACUUUUAAAGUAUCUCUGGUCAUGUUCUGUUAUUGUAGUUAUUUUGAACUUGACUAAAUGAUUCGCUUUAAAGCCGGAAGUACUACUAUUUCGAUGUUUAAUACUCUGCAACCUUUUGUAAUUCCACAACAUGGCAACAAUAAUCACACCAAAAAUAAUAAUCGAUAUGAUGUAGUGUUUUCCAACUCUUACUGUCAUCAUUUAUCAUAUAUAUCUUUUAAUAAAACAUUUAUUUUGAAACCCGGAAAUUAUAUAUUGACUAUGGCUGGCGUAGGACAACACAUACAACACACUGGUCUUAUUAAAUCCGUGUAAAUGAACCACGACAAAAGCGAACAGUAGUGGAGUGUUUUGUUACAUAUUUAUAUAUUCAUUAUUAAUUUCUUGUUUAUGGAGGUUAAUACACCAAUCCAGCAGUCAGGUAGGAGUGGUUUCAUUGACGGGUGUUUAUCAAAACAAAGCAGGCUAACGUGGACGUGAGCGGCUAACUAGCUAAAAGGCUAACGAUGGACUAUGAAGUGUCAGAUUUUACGAAUUUUUAACGGGAAUGAAAGCAAAUACGGACAUGAUUAAUAGGUUAUCAGCCAUGGAUAGGUCGGACGGUGUUUUCGUGUUCUUUGUAGCAGGCUACUCAUAGUGUUGUAUAUCUAUGACUAUUCCUCUAUAACGUGACGUCAUCGCUUCACUUGGUGAUGUCAGUCUUGUCAGUGCAUUAUAAAUCAUGAACAAGGGCGAGUAUCAGCAAAUUGACCCACAGACCAUCAGGACACCCGCCCAAAUCUCGCCGGGUCACCGCCAGCAGCACAGCAACCAAGGGGAGGGCAGCAGCAGCAGCAGCAGCAAGGAGGUCGAGCGGCCGAGGAGACCCAGGAGGAGAUGGGAGGUUUUCCCAGGAAAGAACCGCUUUUUCUGCGAUGGGCGGCUCAUAGCGGCACGCCAUAACGGGGUUCUGCCCCUCACCCUCUGCCUUAUCCUCGUCACCAGUGGUUUAUUCUUCAUAUUUGAUUGCCCUUUUCUGGUCAAACACCUGACGAGCUGCAUACCCGCCAUCGGAGGAGUCCUCUUUGUGUUUGUGGUCGUCACCCUUCUCCAAACCAGCUUCUCAGACCCCGGCAUCCUGCCUCGGGCCACGCCGGACGAGGCGGCUGACAUUGAGAAGCAAAUAGACACCACUGGGAGUACGGGCUAUCGCCCUCCUCCACGCACCAAGGAGGUGCUCAUCAACCAGCAGGUGGUUAAGCUCAAGUACUGCUUCACCUGCAAGAUGUUCCGACCUCCACGGACCUCCCACUGCAGCUUGUGUGACAACUGUGUGGAGAGAUUUGACCAUCACUGCCCCUGGGUGGGCAACUGUGUGGGGAAGCGCAACUACGGUUCCUUCUACACCUUCAUCGUCUCCUUGUCUUUUCUCACGGUGUUCAUCUUUGGUUGCGUGACCACGCAUCUUGCCCUGAGAGCUCAGGACGGGAAAGGCCUGUUUUUUGCCCUUCAGCAGAGUCCUGGCAGUGCCGUGGAGCUCGUAAUAUGUUUUUUCUCAGUCUGGUCCAUACUGGGCCUCUCAGGCUUCCAUACAUACCUCGUUGCUUCCAACCUCACCACAAAUGAAGAUAUUAAAGGUACUUGGUCCGGAAAGAGUGGUGUUGAAGAUGUCACUAACCCAUACAGUCACAGUAACAUCUUCAUCAACUGUUGCUCAGUGCUUUGUGGACCCAUGCCGCCCAGUUUGAUCAACCGACGAGGUCUCCUGCCUGCAGACGAAGCUCUUCAGACCAGCACAGACAUUGAAGUGCCGUCCGCGUCCACUAAAAACGAGAUAAACGUGUGCAAACACGGAGCUAAAGGUCUGCUGGACUCCACCUCUCAAGCCUCAUGUCCUCAGGGAAACAGCCCGGGAGUGAACUCUGACCCCUUAGCUGGCCCCUCCACAAACUGCGGGUCCCACAAACCGAGGAAUACCUCCGACGUACGGCACAACAAGACAAAAACCAAGAAAACGACUAAUAAAAAGGCGACUUUGCCUACACCCAACCCCGUCGUCCAUGUCCAAGCGUCCUUUCUAGAUGGGGACGCCGCCGCCAAAUCGAGGCAGCAUAUAGGUGCCAGGACACAAAUAACACACAAGUAACAAUCUCAUUUUUCUACGUUUGGUUCAUUGAUCGUGCUGGAUUAUGUGUGAAAUCAAUCAAAAUCAUGUUUUUGCAACAGAAGAGAUGCCGUUUGUACAGUGAUACAUGCUCAAGUAAAGGUACAAUUUUUACUUACUUCCUAUUGUAGCAUUGCUAUGCUUCCAAGUUCCUGCUGAGAUAAAUGCACUAAAACUUGGGUCGAGAUGCCUAAUGUAAUAUUGCACGACCCUGUUAAAAUGGUGAGCACCGAAAAGCACCUCGUUUUGUACCAUUUGGUUGUGCACCCGAGCUAAAUCAGUAUAGUUGCCUGCGCUUAAGAUGUGAUACAUGUUAUAUAUGUUUACAUUUUUUUUUUUCCUCGCGAUGAAGUGUCUCCCGUCCAGUUUUCCUGUCCUUUCUCCCAUUUGGCUCUAAGCUGUCCCACACACACACCAUGCAGGUGGUGCAGUGUACAAUAUGCAAGUCAAAAAGUGAUCAUGCACCUGGAAUGCAUGCAUGAAAUAGUAUGAUUUAGCCAGUUGGAACUCUUCAAAAUAAAGGACAAUGACAUUAA